AUGGUGCGCUACCCCCGUCUCCACUUCUUAAUUCCCGGCUUUGUCCCACUCACUAGCAGGGGGAUUCAGCAGAACAGGGCCCUCACUGUGCGCAAGCUCACCCAGCAAAUGUUCGACGCCAAGAACAUAAUGGUGGCCUGCGACCCACGUCACGACCGAUACCUCACCGUGGCCACAGUGUUCAGAAGCUGCAUGUCCAUGAAGGAGGUGGAUGAACAGAUGCUCAUCGUCCAGAACAAGAACAGCAGCUACUUUGUCGACUGGAUCUCCAACAACGUCAAGACCGCUGUCUGCGACAUUCCUCCCCGUGGCCUCAAGAUGGCCUCCACCUUCAUCAGCAACAGCGCUGCCAUCCAGGAGCUGUUCAAGCGCAUCUCCCCAUGUUCCGCCGCAAGGCAUUCCUCCUUUGGUACACUGGGUAGGGCAUGGACGAGAUGGAGUUCACCGAGGCAGAGAGCAACAUGAACGACCUGGUGUCUGAAUACCAGUAGUACCAGGAUGCCACCGCAGAGGAGAAGGGAGAGUUCGAGGAGGAGAGGAGAGGAGGAGCUGGCAUAGUGUAA